AUGAGCCCCGCGGAUGACCAAGCUACUGGCACAGGUGCAGCCAUUGGACCACAGCUACAGAAGCUAGGAAAGAAGUCAGAAUGGCGUCUAUAUUUGGACGCUUCAGAGCCAAGAAGCCUCCAUGUUCGUGAUCCAGAACCCGUUGCAAGCGAGAAGUUCCUGGCAAACAUGGAAUAUCCCAGAUGA